CCGGGCUCUCCGGCCAUGCCAUCCUCUCCUGAACACCGUUUCCACUCGACUGCUGUGGUUUCAUUUUCGGGCCGGCGUUCUCGGGCCCGCAGACCCCGGACAAGCCGCGGCGCUGUUGGCGAGCCGGGAACCCCCGGCGGGGCGGAGCGGGGCCGGGCGGGGCGGAGAGGAACGGGGCGGAACGGGGCUCCCCGGACCUGCCCUCCCCUCCUCUCCCCGGCCCUCCCCAGCCCGAAGCGGGGCGGAGCGGGGCUCUCCAGCCUUCCCCUCCCCUCCCCGUCCCUCCCCUCCCCGGCACAGCGCCGGGGCCAGCCCGACAGCAGCCCGGGAGCGGGGCCGCCAGCCCGUCCUGCCCAGCCCUGCCCUGCCCAGCCCUGCCCAGGCUCUCCUCAGGCCUCAGGAAUGUCUUCUGAGCCCGCUUCGUCCUCCUCGCAGCCGUGCCCUGCCUCCCCGCCGUCGCCCAGCUCGCUGCACCUGCCGGAGGGCCGGCGGCCGCGGGAGCGCUCCCCGUCGCCCAUGAGGGGGUACCUGAUCCCCAGCCCGCUGCCCACCCGCCGCACCCGGACCUUCUCCGCCACGGUGAGAGCGUCCGAGGGGCCCAUCUACAAAGGGGUCUGCAAGUGCUUCUGCCGCUCUAAGGGCCACGGCUUCAUCACCCCCGCCGACGGAGGGCCCGACAUCUUCGUGCACAUCUCAGACAUCGAAGGCGAGUACGUUCCCGUGGCCGGCGACGAGGUCACCUACAAGAUGUGCACCAUCCCCCCCAAGAACGAGAAGCUGCAGGCAGUGGAGGUGGUGAUCACUCACCUGGCCCCUGGCACCAAGCACGAGACGUGGUCGGGCCAUGUCAUCAGCUCCUGAGGUGUCCCCUGAGGGCGGCUGCUGCCAGCAUGGUGACAGCUGGCUGCAGGACCUGGCUGAAGAGUAUUGUGUGUGAGGAAAUACUGCAUUGUCAAUAAAGAAGAAGCAGGCCAAAAUUACCAUUUUUUACAGCUGGCCUGAUUUAAAAAAAAAAAAAAAAGGCAAUUCAAAUGCUAAUGAAAAAAAAUCUAGCCUAAUGUGUUUACAAGAAAUGUGUUUAAAGAGACCUAGUUUGUGUGCUUGGUGGAGGAGGGGAGGUUUGGGUUUUCUUUUGUCUUGUGAACUGAUUCCAGGAAAUGCCCAGGGGAAGGGGGAGAGGUUUCCAGGAGAGCUCUUCUGGUGCAGAUGGUCAAGCACAACUCAGCCCUGGGUGUUGUGUGAGCCCUGUGCUCCCUUGGGCUGCUCUUCUGGGGCCGCAGUACCUUUAUUGCUGAUAACAGUGCCUGAAUGCCUAGGCUUGACAGACAGAGGUGUUCUUUGCUGAUCUGUUUUCCUCAUGGAAGGAAGUUCACAAACAGAGCAGCUGCCACAGGGUGGAAAAUCUCCACCAGGUGGUUGUGCUCCAGUGCCCAUCGGGUGCACCACUGCAAACGGUGUGGCUGCACUGGUGUGGAAACUGUGAUGGACUGGUAAAGCUGAGGUUGAUUGUGAAUUUACUUAGGUGCCUUGAUGGUUGAUUUUAUAGGCCAAUAUUAAAAAAAAAAAAAUCCACCCCAAAUUUAAAUUUGCUUCAAGGUAAGUGGUAGACAACUGUAGAGUAGUGGAUACUUCAUAGCCUCUGAUUGUGUCUGAAUUUUGACAAGGCUGAAGAGUUGCCUUUAGGCUGCGUGCCACUGGGCAGGCAGCACACCUGCACUGCUGCACAGCAGGCUGUGCUGCCCAGCUGCCCGUGUGUAGAAUUCUGAGUUACUCAGCAGGCUCAGCUGUCUUGGUGAAGUAGAUUCUGUGUCUGUUUCCCUGGCAAACUCGCUUGGUAGGAUGUGAUAGGGCCACCCUUCCCCAGACUCUUCAUGUAGUUGUAGUGCUACUAAGUUGGUUUUGUUCCUAUUUGCCUUCCUUUAUUUUCAAAUGAAGCAUUUUUCUCUGUUACGUUCCUAACAGUGGAUUUUUAUUGACUUUGCAAAUAAAAGAUAAAAAAAAGGCACAGCUCUUGUUGUACAAAACGGUGCAGCUUCAGUUGUGUAUUUGGAGCUUCACCAAGAGGUGCUCGCUGUCAGGACCUGUCCUGAGCCUUUCACAGCAGCUGCUCUGUUCCAGGCGUGAUGUGGUGACAGCACAGGGCUGUGGGCUCAGGAACUGCUGUGCUGCCUUGUUGUCCCUUAGCUGUACCUGUGUUACACCAUGCUGUAGUGGGGUUUGGGUUUGGUUUUGUUUUUUAUGACCCACAAGUCUUGGUCGUGGUGGGUUUAUCACUGUGCAGCUUGUUGGAGUAUCACCCCUGCUUUCUUUACAAUAAAUGUAACCAUUUCAGUGCGUU